CACACCAAAAUCUCCAAUCAUUUGUUGUUUCUCUCUACAAACUCGGAUCUUAAUUCAGCUAAUAUCUUAUUAAACAUAUGACUAAAAAGCAGAAAGUGGUGGCUGCGGAUGCGAAAUCCGGUGUGGAGGUGCCUCCGCCGCUAUUCACGGCGGAGGUGAAGAAGCUGUUUGUUGAAAUAAAUGGAGGAAUGAAGGUUAACGCGUGGGUGGAUUCGAUGAGGGCUUCUUCUCCGACGUCUCGUCGUCGGGAAGUUAGUCGUGAUAGGCUUCCUCCUGCGUUGGAGGUGUUUGAUGAAAUUACGAAUGCGUCGAAAGGGAAACAAAUAGUCAUGUUUUUGGAUUAUGAUGGGACGCUUUCUCCUAUCGUUGAUGAUCCUGAUCGUGCUUAUAUGUCUGAUGCGAUGCGAGCAACCGUCAGAAAACUCGCCGGGUUCUUUCCGACUGCAAUCGUUAGCGGAAGAUGCCGAGACAAGGUGUACAAUUUUGUCAAACUAGCCGAGCUCUACUAUGCCGGAAGCCAUGGGAUGGACAUUAGAGGCCCAUGUACAGGGUCAAAAAACAAGAAAAGUUCUCCGAGUGUUCUUUGCCAACCCGCGAGCGAAUAUCUACCCAUGAUUGAUGAGGUUUAUGGGAUACUCAUGGAGAAAACACAAUCCACAGCAGGGGCAAAAGUGGAAAACAAUAAGUUUUGUCUAUCAGUGCAUUUCAGAUGUGUUGAUGAGAAGAAAUGGAGUGAGUUGGCUGGCAUAGUUAAAUCAGUGCUCAAAAACUACCCAAAGCUGAGAUUAACUCAAGGAAGGAAGGUAUUAGAGAUCCGACCCACCAUUAAAUGGGACAAAGGCAAGGCCCUCGAGUUCUUGUUGGAGUCACUUGGUUAUGCCAACUGCACUGAUGUGUUUCCGAUUUACAUUGGGGAUGAUCGUACAGAUGAGGACGCCUUCAAGGUACUAAGAGAAAGAGACCAAGGUUUUGGCAUUCUUGUGUCUAAGAUUCCUAGGGACACAAAUGCAUCUUAUUCUCUCCAAGAACCAUCCGAGGUAAUGGUGUUUUUACAACGACUAGUUGAUUGGAAAGAAAGAACAUUGGUUGAUUAUGAGAGGGAAAGUUUAAGAAGUUUGAAGAAGCAAAAAGUGUGGAAGGAUCAAAAUUAUAAUGGAAAUUGUGUAUGUAUAUAACUAUGCAUAAAGAAUAAAUGUAUUUAAGGAAGUACAAUGGAUAAAAAAAGGAAUCGUAAAUUUGGAUUGUGGGUUUGUAAAAGGGAACAAGUAUUUUUUAUUUUGUAAGGUAUCUAAUGAAUACAAGGUUUCUUUUAUUUCAUA